UACACGUAGUACACCUCAAAAUGGACACCCAUGACGUGGUGGACGCCGUCGACAGCGCUCCUUCGGCCAAAAUCACCCUAACGUACCCCAGCGGCAAGACAGUCGAAUUCGGCAAAGAACUCAAACCCGAGGAUGUGAAAGACGAGCCCCAGGUAUCAUGGGAAGCCGCCCCUGACAAGUACUACACCCUGCUCAUGUUCGAUCCGGACGCCCCCAGCAGAAUGGAGCCGAAAUUUGCAGACGUGAAACACUGGUUGGUGGUGAAUAUUCAAGGGUGUGAUGUGAAAACUGGGGAACUGAUUGCGGAGUAUGUGGGAGCAGGCCCCCCCCAAGGGACUGAUUUGCACAGGUACAUUUUUCUUGUUUUUGAACAAAAGGGAAAAAGGGAAUUUAAAGAGCCUAAAAGUGGCAAGCUGGAUAGGGAGCAUCGCAUUUGCUGGUCGAUGAGGAAGUUUAGAAGGGAGAAUGACCUGGGGGAAGCUUACGCUGGGAAUUAUUUUCUCGCACAGUGGAGUCCGUUUGUUGACGAGUGGAGGAAACAAAGGGAAAUGGCUGCUAAUAAUGCUAAUAAGGAUAAUUGACUCGAAACUAGCCAAUUAUUAUUAUUAAUAAAACAUGUUACCUUGUUAUAAAAAAUACCUUUUUUAUUUUUCUUUCCAAACAUUAAAUUCAGAAGUAAACAAUCACUAUGAUUCAUUCUUCUUAUCAAUUUUCUAAGUAAGUGAUUACUGUUGAUAUAAAUUAAACGGUUAGUUUAUUUAUAAAUGUUGUAAUAAAAAAACAAAAAAAAUGUUGGCAACACUGAGUUAUAAAAGUAAACCAAAUAAAAAUUUUUAAUUUGA